AUGAUUAGAACUGUGACGCUCUUCUUUUCAGUCUUUGAAAAGGGGGUGUUACAAGCUUCUUUUGCAUUUAUCCACAGGCAGUAUGACCUUUUCUUCAAAUACUAUUAUCAGGAGGACACAUCAAAAGGGUCUGAGUUAAAUAAGUUUUUCAAAGUGUUCACAAUUGAAAAGGUUGAUGAUCCUGAUGAAGUAGAUGAUCAUAAUGAUGAUGAUGCUGAUAAUGAUAAUGGCGGGGCUUCAAAUUCUGAUGAAUUUCAAGAAAUUAUGUCCCCGAGUUUUGAAGAUCUUGAUCGACUUGAUGAGAGGGUUGUCACAGUUGACAUUAGGAGCAAAAGUUUUAGUUGCACAUGUCGUAUGUUUGAGAACAGGGGAUUCUUAUGUCGACAUGUUUUCAAAAUCUUGGAGUUCUUGGGUGGUUCUGUGCAAUAUCAUUGUUUGAAGACAAUACCUGCACAAUAUGUUUUGAAGCGUUGGACUAGAGAUGUGCGUCCGUCUGUCGAUAAGCUGAAAUCUUCCGUUAGUGUUGGCACUGAAGACACCACCCAAGCACAACGAUAUCAACAAAUUUGUGCUGUUACAAUUCAGCUUUCUACGCGUGUUUGUGCAGAUCCAGAGGCUUCUCAAAUUUUUCUUGAUGGUGUUCUUGAAGCUGGGGAAAAGGCAGAGGAGUUACUUUUUUCUAAAGGUAUUGGUACAAACCCGUCGUCAGUGACGCCGUCUAAGUCUUCAAAAGCAAUUGUUGUUGUUGGUGAACCAUCUUCCGAGAAGUCCACUGCACCAAAGUUCAAAGAAAGACCAAAUCCAAUUAAGUCAAAGAAGCGACUUAAAAGUGAUUAUGAAAAAGCUAGAGAAAGGCAGAAAUUCAUUAUAGAACGGAAGAAACAAAAGAGAGAAGAUGAGGAGGCUUUAAAGAAAAAAAGUGCAGCAGGAGAAAUGCAAGAGCAGCAGUAAUGUUCAUGACUUCCAAGGUUCUAAGAAUUUCAUAAGGGUUGCAAGCAGAGGUUGAUGCCAUCGUCUCAUUCCCUUUUGUGGAGCAAA